GUAUAAAGAUCGACAUAAUAAUGAAGAUUCUGUGCUUAUUAUUUGGUGCAACGUUGCCAUUGUGGCAUAAUGUACGUGCUAUUGUCCCCGAAGAGCUGCCUAUUCGGUUGAAUGGCAACGAGGCGCCACUUUUUGAUGUCCAGGAAACCAUUAAAGCGUUUCUACGUGCUUAUAUGAAUUUUGUUACUGACACAACAAACAUUGAUCAUCCUGUCGUAGGACAGAUACAUCAGGUGUUGGAGAGGAAACUAUCUAACGGACGAAUGGAAUAUGAUAAUCACGGCAGGGAAGCUGAAGACGUAGCAGAACCACAAACCGCAGAGGCUGUAUUGGAUGAUUCUCGAAAAGCACUAGAUUGGAUCCAGAAUCAAAUAAAAGAAAUCCAUCAAUUGGUGGAUCACUUUCCACCCGGAGACAGGGUUGGAGAUGCCAUUAAGAAACGUUUAGCCCGGGCCACAGCCAUUUCUGGCAUAGUUUUAGAGGGUAUCAUCUGUCAAGUUCGUGUUGCCAUGUUUGACAGUUAUAAAUUGAACCUUUUUAUUUCUUGGCACCACCCUAUAUUCAUGAGUGCCAUGGUGGAGGGAUUUUUGGUAAUGCAAGGUUUAAACAUCGGUUACUUUGACGAUGAAGAUUUGAAUUCAGUAACUGAGCGCUUCGAUGACCUUCUGUCGUAUAUUCACGACUCCAUAGACUUAGAGAUUGAGACACAGACACACUUUAUAUCUGAAGCAAAGAACAGUCAAACAUUAAAAUUGAUUCGCAAGGUUUCUUUGGGUACGGACAUUUCAUUGAUGAGUGCCAAUGGUGCCAACAUAAAAAUGCGUAAGAGGCCCACAGAGCUUUAGGCACAGUUGCGCUUCACUAGUGUGA